AACCCUUUUCGUGACAAUUCCGGCUUGAACCACCACACCCACUUCCUCCGGUCGAAAUGGAGUCGAUUGACAAAUGAGAGCCACCGCAAUCCCACCCACUAACACCAGUCGGUCACUGUGGCUGCUGUUCCUUGGUCUGGGCAAUGGAGUUGCUCGCCCGCCAACUACCACUGACAUGAUUCCUUCGCCCGUGGAUCCUGGCCCUACACUGGAUCUAACCACACCUGCGUCGACUUAUCAUAAGGCGGGAUUUCGGCAUGUGCCUGGAGCCUGUAGGCCCGCUGGCUCUCGUCCGCCUCCGCCCAGAGAUUUUUCUUCUGCCAUCGCCCGUCUUCAUAUAAGUUGAUACCAACCUUGUCCGACUUGGCUGACAUUGUGUGUGACGCCUUCCACAACUCUCCUGACGAACGGUCAUCCUGAGGGAUACCAAGCGCGU